GGUUACCAUGCCAACGAAAGUGAGUGUUGUAAACGGAGUGAAGAGUCAAAGCGGGAAUGGUUGUAAACCAGUGGUUUGGUAUUGUAACGUCCUGAAAAUAAUACUGUAGAGGAUGACUGAGUCAACACAUGAUCUAUGGGCAAGCGUCCAUUUCUUGAUCCGGGAAAAGCUCUAUCGCUCUGCUUACACUGCAGCGGCCAAUGGACUUCAACAAUUUCCUAGAGAUACAGUGCUUCGCCUUUCUAAAGGUGUUGCCUUGCUAUUAGAAGGUCAAACUGCAGAAUCUGUUCGUGCGCUGGAGGCGCUGGCAGCCGAUGUCGUGUCAGGACAAGCCCUGGGUCCUCUGAUAGCCCUGGCUGCUGCACACAAGGCCUGCGCUGUUCCUGACCAUGAAGCUUUGUCAACAGUGGAGGAACGCCUGGCUGAUGAGAAGAAGAAAGCAGGAGAAAAUAGUUUGUACCAGGCUGUGUUUGCACAUGUCUUAUUGGGACAGUAUGAUGCUGCACGCGAAUUGGGUGGCUCACUGCUUCGGAUUUCUUCUGCCUCCUCUGAUGCGCUCGCAGUGUGUGGAUGGGCUGAGCUGCUCGCUGCUUCUGGUGACAAGAAUCUCGCUGAAAAAUAUUUUCAGCAAGCUUUGGAUCAUGAGGGUGGGCAACACACAGAGGCAACACUGGGCAAAGCAACCCUCCUGCAUUUGCGUCGGGAGUCUGAAGCAGCUGCAACCCUUUUGGAUCGUUUGGUGAUUCGAGAUUCUUUGCCAGCACUUAUUGAACGGACUCGUUGUCAGUUAGCCCUCUAUGAUUGGGAGCAAUGCCUGGAGUCUGCAGAUCGUGCCCUCAGUGCUGAUGCUGGAUGCCUACAGGCUCUUGAACACAAGAUGGUGGUGGCAUUGUGUCGGGACGGUGACUGUGAAGGCACAGCUGCAGGGUUACAGCAGUACAUGUCAGAACUUGAGCGCCGUGAGCCGAGAGGAGCAAAGCUGAUGUUAGAAGCUGCACAACUAUUUUCAAGAUGUUGUGGACGUAACAGAACUGUUCUGGCGGAGACUCGACAUCUUGUUGAAAAGGCUGCACAUCUGCGACCUGGUAUUGAUGCUGCAUGCGAACUUGGAAGACAGAGUUUUCUCAGUGGAAAACUAGCAGAAGCAUUACGGCACUUCCGUGCUGCUACACGUGUUGACAACUCAUCUUCAGCAGCCCUCACAGGUCUCAGUCGUUGCCAGAUGGAGGAAGGAGGUGCCUCAGCUGAGCAGGCUGCACGACAGGUGGAAUUUCUCCAUGAAAUUCAUCCAUCUGCAGAAGUGUUAUUCAUGUCAUCUCAAGCAGCUGCAGCGAAUGGUGAUUUUAAAAAUGCAAUAAAAGAGCUAGAUGAAGCUGUUGAAACACAUUUUCGAACAGUACGUACAAUGCCCUUUGGGACAUCUUACUUGCGAGCUGUGGAUCCAGAUUUCCUAAUACAGGUGGCUAAAAAGUACAUUUCACUCAGUCCACCCCAUCCACCAGAAGAAGGGCAGCAGCCAGCGUCUCUACGUCAGGCUGUGACAGUUCUUGAAGCAGCAACCCGUGCAUGCCCUGGAUUGACAGAAGCACAAUUGCUUUUAGCCCGUGUACAAUUCCUCAGUCAUGAUUUGUCAAGAGCAGCGGAGACUUUGCAUCAUAUUCUUGAUUUGGAUUCAACCUCUGCUCCAGCUUAUCUUCUUCAAGCACAGAUACUCAUACAGCAAGGGGAUUUCAGUCAAGCAAUGCAAAGCCUGGAGAUGGGGCUCAGCUACAAUCUGCAUGUGCGUGAACAGCCAUUGUACCAUCUUCUUAUGGCUCUGAUUCAGAAACAUCAAGGCGAGGUGGAUGAGAGCUUGAAGUCACUGCAGGCUGGUCUCCAACUGGAUUGUUCUCAGAUGUCACUAGCGGAUCAAGUGUCACUUUCACUUGAACUUGUGGACACACUUAUUGUAGCAGGUGAUCUCCAGUCAGCAAACAAGCAAUUGUCAGCGGCAGCCGAGUCCUUUGGUGCCACUUCUGAGAGGGGUCGGAUUGUCCUGAUGAAAGCCAAACUACUUCUAGCACAAGGAGAUGUGGCAGCAGCAUUACAUGAGUUAGAAUCUGUUUCCCCUGGGCAAUCCUCAUAUAGACAAGCACAGUGUCAAAUGGCUGAGAUACAUUUAAAGCAUCGUGGUGAUCGUAUGGCUUAUGCUGAAUGUUUUCGUCGUUUGGUAGAACAUGCACCAGGACCUGCAACAUUCUCAAUGCUUGGCGAUGCUUUCAUGCAGCUCCUGGAUCCAGAACGAGCCUUAGAAGCAUAUGAGCAAGCACUGAAACGCUCGCCUUGGGAUGCGGCUUUGGCAUGCAAGGUAGGCCGAACACUAGUAAAGGCUCACCAGUAUGGCAAAGCAGUUAGUUAUUAUAGAGAGGCGAUUAAAGCAGAAGGUAGCAGUGGGCAGCUGAAACUUGAUCUGGCUGAACUGCUUGCGCGAUUGGGUCAGCAUGAUCGGGCAGAGAAGAUUCUUGUUCAAGAGCUUGGUGCACCAUCUGCUUCUGUAGAUGCAGGUCUGGAGUAUCGAGUUAACCUGCUGCGACAACUUUCAAAAAUCCGAGAACGGGCUCGAGACACUGCUGGAGCUCUUACAGCUUUGCGGGAGGCCCGUGAUUGUCAGGUUCGACUGUGUCGCAGAGCUUCGGACAAUGUAACUUUACGUUCUGAAGCAGCAGCUCUUUGUCGAAAGGCAGCAGAACUGGCAGCAGUACUUCGUGACCAUUCUGGAGCUGUACAACUAUACAAGGAAGCACUUGUUCAUGCUCCCAGUGACCGCACUGCCUUAGUUGCAAUGGCCAAGCUGUAUAUGCAGACCAGUGAGUUAGAGCUGUGCCAACAAGCCUGUUCUCAACUGCUUGAAACAGACCCUGACAAUGAGUCAGCCACAGUUAUGAUGGCAGAUUUAGCGUUCCGGCGUGUUGAUUUUGACACUGCUGCUAUGCACUUUCGUCAACUGCUUGCACAGCAGCCUACAUAUUGGACAGCCCUUGCCCGUCUUGUAGAGGUGUCACGACGAACAGCAACACUUCCUGAAGCCGAACCUUUCCUUGAAAGAGCAACUGCGGCUUGCCAGCGACCUGACCAAGAAGCUGGAUUAUGUUACUGUCGAGGACUGUUUGAGUGGUAUUCUGGUAAUCAUAAUGCUGCUCUUCGGUUCUUUAAUGGAGCUCGUCAUGAUGCUGAAUGGGGAAGACAAGCUCUUUACAACAUGAUAGAGAUUUGUCUGGACCAGAGUGAUGAUGCAGGUGGCAAUGGACAGUAUGAAGAUGAUUCAGGAGGAAACUCAAGACUGAUGGCACUGACAACAGCUGAGAGGUUAUUAGCAGAACUGAAACCAAGACCUAGUGGUGCAGGUGGCAGUGAAGAAGCUCUUAGCCAUAGACUACUUGGAAAUUUCAUUCUCUUGGCCUCUCAGCAAAAGACCAACAUCGAACAUGCACUACAGGAUUUGACUGCUCUGGCUAGUCAAGAAAUACAUCGUGAUCAUGCUGGUCUUGCUCUGGGACUAGCAAGGGCUUAUACUCAACUUAAACAGACUACACGUGCACGUAACCAACUGAAACGUGUAGCACGUUCACCUUGGCGUUUUGAGGAGGCAGACUACUUAGAACAGUGUUGGUUGGCACUCGCUGAAGCACAAGGUAGCACUAGUUCUGGAGCUUCUGAAUUAUUAGCUCGUGUCUUGCGACAUAACCGUGGUUGUGUGCGUGCCCAUGAAUUGCUUGGCCAAGCUGCAGAAACAGAACAACGGUACCGAGAUGCUGCCAUGAGCUAUUCUACAGCAUGGGUUCUCAGUAGGCGGUCUAAUCCUGUGCUUGGUAGCAAACUGGCUUUCUGUCACAUGAAAGCAAAAAGGUAUGCAGAAGCCAUUGAUGUCUGCCAGCAAGUGCUUAAGCUGCAACCAGAUUUUCCCCGUAUACGCAAGGAUAUUCUAGAAAAAUGUCGUAGUAAUUUAAGAACUUGAUCACUCUCAGCCUUAAUGGAUUUUGUUAUGAGAGACAUUGUGAACAUCCGUCCAUAAUUUAAGUUAACACAGUAAGCAGCUUUUAUAAACUUAUUGAACUACACAGUUUUGUUAUUUGUCUUCUGUACAUGGUAUUUUACAUUCUACCUGAAAAGUGUUUAGUGUUCACUGUCUUUACCUGUUAAGACACCCUCAUGAACAUUGAAUACAUAUUUCUGAAGGUUGUUAUCAUACAAAAUAAAAUUAAAUAUAGCUUUUUAAAAAAGUGUGCAAGUUAUUGGAAAUAUGCAGUUCACAUGAGUAUUUGAAACCGUGUGACAGUAGAUCAUCACAAGUAGGAAAAGUCACUACAAGUCACCUGUAUAAGUUUGGGAGCCUGCAGCGCAUUUUUAUAUUAUGUACAAGGGAACCUCGAUUUGGUUUGCAUUUUUAAUCAUUAAAACAUUGCAAUGCACUCAAUUUUUAUGUAAAAAUUGCAGCACUUUUAAGAGAAUGAAAUAUUAGGGCUUUGGAUUUGAUUUGACUUUUAUUUAUGUUAAAUUGUUAAAUUAUAUUCAGAACAAAGGAUGUACUGUAAUGUAGGACAAGUCAAAGAAUACAAGAUUACUUGGAGAGAAAGAGGGAGAAAAAGAAAAAUAUAAAUGAUAAAUUUUCUGUAUGCGUAUUAAUUAUCAUUAUUUUCAGUCCAGUUGCUGAAAUUGAGUGUCUGCCAUACUUAUUGGUUCAUACAAUACUACAAACAAUAUGUGCAUAAGACAUGAAACAUUACAUGAUACAUAUGCAAUAAGCAAUAUUACAAUAUAAUUUGUAAUAUGAUGUAUAUUUUGCUUAAUGAAUAGCUCUAAAAAUUCAUUAAAAUUAUAAAAAAUGUGUUUCAGUUUGUUCUUAAAUAUAUGAGGGUAGACAAUAUCCAUUGAACCUUAUUGUAAACUCUUUUUCUUCUGGGCUGGGUAACUCAAUUUUUUCGCUGCAUUGAGAGUUAUUGAAUCUUUGUGAAGACUUUGCUUGUGCCUUGUUCCAUGAUCGUGAACCUCUAAUGUAGUUUGGAAAAGUUUUUUGUUGUUGAAUUCAAAUAUUGUCAAUGAGGAGUUAUAUUGAGCGUCAAUAUGCAGAUGAUCUUGAAAAGAUGCCUGCAAGAUGUCCAGUAUGUAACUCUACAGAUCAACCUCAAAGCUUGUUUUUGUAGAUUAAAAAUGUUCAUUCCACCAUAA